AUGAAUCAUGGUUCUUCCCACAUCCCUCGCCUGCGGCAUCCACAAUACACCGACAAUCCGAUUGGAGACGGGCUGUACGACCUACGUGGGCCCGAUCCGGCCCGCAUGCGACAGACAGGUUCACACCCAAACGAAGAAGCGCCAUCUAGGCCUGCCACUUCAGGACGAGGGAUGCCUACGGAGCUAGAUCAUGAGAAUCGGGGGAUCGUCGGUCCAAUGCAGCAGAACGUUGAAAAUGCGAAUCAACGUCAGCUAGUCUGGCCUCCUCCUCCAGGCCAUGCAGUGUACGCUGCUCGUGCCAUGUACCCCGGACGGCAGGAGGACCCCUUGUACCGUCACUAUCAAGUGGCCCUUCCGAGACGCCGCAAUGACCACCCUCCGCCUCCUUACUCUUCUGAAGAAAUGCCGCCGCCAGCAAACAUAAACGCCGAGUCUUCAGCGGCGGUUGGGACAGCCUCCCAGAUGUCUUCUACAAAUGCAACCUGGCCUGGCCAAGACAAUUCAGCCUCCCCUCGGCUUCCCCAGUCAGAAGCGCCCCUUUCUGUGGAGGAGGAACUUGCCCGCGUGCGCCGCAUUAGAGAGCUACGUGUUGAUAUCGAGAAUACUGAACGCCAGCUUGCUGUGGGUAGCUUGCCUCCGAUGGAUCGCAUCAUCCAGAUGCGGAACGAGCUGUUCCAGAUCCAAGACGCACGGUAUCGCAACUACUUUGCUGCUCGGGAUGGCGAGGUCGAGUCGUUGAUCACUCGCAUCUGCAACCUCUACCAGCGCGUCGACCAACUCCAUGUCGUCCAAACCCGGUUCCCCUCCUGGCCAUUUGACAAUCCGUCUGCCAUCCCGAUCCGCCGGGCCUACCUGGUGACAUCGCCGAAUGGAUUCCAGGGGAUUCUCACGCCUCCCGUUGCCACAGGUACAGUUCAGGCACCACUUUUUGCACCGCAUACUUCUACCCAAACGGGCCCUGCUCCGGCUCCUGGACCCCAAGCGGGAAUUGUCGGAAACGCCGUUCGCCAUGCAGUCCUCGACCAGCAGCGCCGUCCCAACCCCGCCGAGCCACGUCGUGGCCUUGCCCGGCAUCUGCGCCGCAUUUGGCUCUUCGUGCGACUGUAUUUCUUCUGCUACAUGAUCAGCGACCCGGGAACUUGGACUCGUAUCAUCUUUGUCGGCUGCGCGUUUCUGUUUGCUCUUUUCUCUGACACAGAAAUCCCCCAGCGGCUCCAUGGAAUGAUGAUUGCGCCUAUCCAGCACCAUCUCGAAGGACUCGUGCACCUUGGUGAACCUGGCGAGCAGAAUGGUCAGACCCAGGCCCAGGCGGGAGCCGCCCAGCCUGCUACACGUGACCAUGAGCAGGAUAACAACGUGGCUGGUGGCAUUCAGCACCAUAUCCGCCGCGCUGAACGCUCGGUCCUCCUUUUCCUGGCAAGCCUGGUUCCUGGUAUCGGAGAGCGUCAGGUUGAGGCCCGCAAUGCUGCAGAGGCCGCUCAGAACGCCGAGCGUGCCCGUCAGGAGGAAGAGCAGCAGCGUGAGCAGGCUGCCCCCGAGGCUAACCACAAUGAGAAUACCAAUGCCAACAACGCCCAGCCCGCCCAGGAGAUGCCUGGCGCUGGCGACAUCGCCUAA